UGCUCCGCAGGGACCGGGGCAAAGUGAGGGACCGCCGGGCCCGGGAGGACCAGCGCGCGCCCCCCGACCCCCGGACUCGCACGCGGCCCCCUGGCCUCACCCGCCCGCCGGCGAGGGGCGCGGUCGUGGCGUGAAGGGCCGGCGAGCAGGACCCGCCGGCGGCGGCGGCGGCGGCGGCGGGGAGCGCGCGCGCCUGGCCCGCUCGCAGGGACCCCUGUUCGAUCCCCGGCACCCCAGCCCCGCCGGGAUGUGAGUGCAGAGUCAGGAGGCAAAUGUUUGUCAUUUGGGCAAAACCUGACACCACCAACCUUUCCUUCUCUGGAUAAUGACUUGCGUGUGGACUCUGCAAAACACCUAGCCUGGAGAUGCUCCUGUUUUCCUCGACAGUGUGGUCUGUGCCUUAACAUCCCAUCUUAAAUUCUCAAGUCCAUCAAUCUUUUCGUAAGCUUUGAGGAGAUAAAAUGCACAUCACAAACACCUCACGCCUCUCACGGUUGCUGUUCUGUGGUUUCCAGUCUGCUCACAAAGCCAGGCUUCCGGGAUUAUAACUUUAGGACACUGUCUUCGCCACAAAGAAGACCCCUAACAGUCUCUCCCAAUCUCUUCCCAGCCUCCCCCGAGUGAGGCUCUGCCUGGAUAUUUUCUGUGAAGAUACUCGCUGACCAGUGCUCCAUCCUGCCCGGCUCCUUUCCCUCAGCACGCCGUGCUCUCCCUCAUAGCCUGUAUCAAUAUUUCAUUCCUUGCCGUGUCCACCCAGUGUGGAUAUCCGUGAGCCAGCCACGUGCUAGUCAUCCAUUCCGCAGCUGAUGGCCACCCGACUUCUUGCCACUUCGUUUGGCUAUUAUGAAAAUACAGGCACUGGGGGCUGGAGCGAUAGCACCGCGGGGAGGGCGUUUGCCUUGCAUGCGGCGACCCAGGUUCGAUUCCCAGCAUCCCAUAGGGUCCCCUGAGCACCGCCAGGAGUGAUUCCUGAGUGCAGAGCCAGAAGUAGCCCCUGAGCACUGCCUGGUGUGGCCCCAAACCCCCCGAAAGGAAGUGGCCCUUGGUGGUGCCAGCAAAUAAACCAGGCCCAGCAGUGUGCAAGGCAAGCCUAGACCCUCUUCCUCUCCCCGGCCCCACCCUUCCUUUUCCUUUACUGGGGGUCAGGGAGCGGUGGUCACCACCACCCCCACCUACCCACGUGCCGGUCUAUGGAAAGUGCGCAGACGUGUCAGUCAUGGUCACCGGUCAAUCCUGGAGACUCUGCUCUGUGCCCGCACCUGCCCCUGCAGGCGGUCGUGGGCUGCCUGGUCCUUCUAGGCUCGCCCUCCCUCCCCCACCCCUGUCCAGUGUGCCCCCUCAUGGCUGCAUGUAGGAAGCCAGAUGUAGGAGGCCAUAUUUCAGUCCUGGCUCUUAUCUUCAAGUAAGGCAGAGCCUGGCACUUCUCCAACAGGGGCCUAAUUAAAACUUCUCUAACAAGGUCGCCGUUACUGACCUGACUGACCUUACCAUCCCACUAGCCAACACCUGUGCCUGACAUGAUAGACGGGGUCCGGGCACGCAUACCACUACCUGCCUCCCAGCAGGCAAGUAUAAAAUGCUGUAGCUGCCAGUGAAUAAAGCUCUCUCUCCUUUUCUCCUCCUCCUUCUGUCUCUGCGUCUGUUCCUUCGGCUGCGUCCCCUCCUCAGCCCCACAAAGGGUCCUACCUGCUGGACAGGGCGGGGCCCUCACACCUGGCGCCCAGCGUGGGGCAAUAGGGGAUCACCGAACACCCGGUCAAGUUCACGUCGGCCGACGGACUCACAAAGAAGCAAAUGCCACUGCCCUGGCUGAAAAUAAAGAAACCUCCGUCAACAGGGGAUCUGCCAAAGAAGAUGCGAUCUCUACAGUGAAUGGACUAUCACCCUUUUUAAUUCCAUCCCAAGAGUAUACAUCCAGACCCAAAAACUGCUGGAAUGGCACAACGGGGGAUAUGCCCCGCCUCGCCCUCGAGCUAUAUGUAAUGGAACACUCUAUCCGGAACACACUGAUUUAUGGAAGGUGGCUGCAGCCUUAAGCCCUGGCCAUUAUUGGGAUGGUUACUUGUGGGGCUCUAAGCAGUUCAAGUUUACCUAUAAUAUCAGUCAUAGCUCCUCUUUCCACAUGCAAGCAUGUGUUAAGCAUCCUUAUGUGUUUGCUCGUGGCACCCUCUCUUUUGACUCUGCAAGAAAAAGGGUUGCUUGUCGUGAUUGUGCCUUAUUCACCUGUCUCAAUUCUUCCCUCUCAAUCCAAGAUUCUCCCUACAGUAUAAUGUUGUUAAAGGCCAGAUCACAUAUAUGGCUGCCAGUGAACCUGACCAGAGAAUGGCAACGCUCCCCCGCUGAAGGGCUCCUGACUGAAGUCGUGACACGACUGCUCCGGCGUUCCCGACGAUUCCUUGGGCUCCUGAUCGCAGCUGUCCUGGGCCUCAUUGCUGUAACCACUACCGCUGCUGUUGCAGGAGUAGCUCUUCAAACCUCGGUCCAGACACACGAUUUUGUCAAAACAUGGCAGAAUGACUCUCACCACCUUUGGACAAGGCAGGCCACUGUCAACCAUGAUGCUGAGCAACGAUUGGACAUUCUACAACAAGCGUUACUUUGGGUCCAGGGCCGGGCUGAUGCCUUAGAGCAACAAAUGAGACUGUUUUGUGACUGGAAUAGUUCCUCUUUCUGUAUCACCCCCCAUAGAUAUAAUGGGUCCGCUUACACUUGGGAAAAAAUUAGAUACCAUUUGCAAGAUCUGAAAGGAAACAUGUCUUUAGACACUCUCGCCCUUCAGGGUGAGAUUGUUCGAGUGUUUAAGGAUAAACUCCCAGGAGUUCAGUAUGAAAACUUAGCCCAGGGCAUUGCAGAAGCAUUACAGGGUCUUGACCCUAGGUCAUGGUGGCAAAGCAUUACCCAUGCUAUCGGUAGUGCUGGUAAAGCUUUAUUGAUCAUGUUCAUUCUAUUGGUUUUAGGAUUUUGCCUCCUUCAUAAAAAAGUAGCUGACACUAAAUCUGCGACCCAUUGGAACUAUUAUGACCUUUGGCGUUUUGUAAACAGAAAAGGAAGAGAUGCUGGAAUAUAGCUCUAAAUAUUUUAAGUCUGACCUUGGAUAGUCCUUUCUCCUUUGCUAUAAAGACUUUAGCUUUAUCUGCUAUCAGCUUUAUCUGGUAUUAAAGUCAAGCCUACAUAGGUUCACUAUCAUGCUUGAUUUGCAGAAUGCUGACGUCUCUGUUCAGAUUCAUACCUCAACUUCCCCCAGUUCUUUGCCUUGAGGAUGCCGGGCUCCCAAGGAUUUCUUCUAGUGGAUCAGGUUGCCAGGCAAAGCACUGCAAGGGAGGGCUGAUACCCGGGCCCGGCUCCCUGUGAGGUAUUCCGGUAUAGCAUAGAGGUCACUCCAAGACCAGGGACUGAUGGGGCCUGUGAGGAGCCCCCUGCAUAGACCCGAUCAUCCCUUCCCUCCUCUCCCUGCAAAAAUGGAGUCUUUUUGUCACAAGGGAUACCGGACAAUGCCUCCCCUGACCACAGUUAAUUUAAAACAAAACAGGGGGAGAUGUAGGAAGCCAGAUGUAGGAGGCCAUAUUUCAAUCCUGGCUCUGAUCUUCAAGUAAGGCAGAGCCUGGCACUUCUCCAACAGGGGCCUAAUUAAAACUUCUCUAACAAGGUCGCCAUUACUGACCUGACUGACCUUACCAUCCCACUAGCCGACACCUGUGCCUGACAUGAUAGACGGGGUCCGGGCACGCAUACCACUACCUGCCUCCCAGCAGGCAAGUAUAAAAUGCUGUAGCUGCCAGUGAAUAAAGCUCUCUCUCCUUUUCUCCUCCCCCUUCUGUCUCUGCGUCUGUUCAUUCGGCUGUGUCCCCUCUUCAGCCCCACAAAGGGUCCUACCUGCUGGACAGGGCGGGGCCCUCACAGCUGCAAGCUACUCCUCAAACACCUGAAUUCUUUUUUUGCUUUUUGGGUCACACCC